AGAAGAGGAAGGACUUGAAUCCAGCGGCCUUCGGAAACCGUCCAUCGCACGAGGGAACGCUCAAAAGCUCUAAGGCGACAGAAGCAGUAACCGAUCUAGGGUUUGUCUCGCAGGCCGAAUCCAAGAUAUCUCGGCCCCGGACUUGGGGCUUCGAACCUCCCUCAAUCUCGGUUAGCAAAGCCAUUUGCUGGUGACUUUGAGUUGAUCAUGAUGAAAACACACGAACGUGCUGCAAAUUUUGCGCUUUUAGGUUUGACCUUAGCCCCACUUGUUGUGAACGUAAACCCCAAUGUUAAUGUAGUUUUAACAGCAUGCCUGACUGUUUACGUCGGUUGCUAUCGGUCAGUCAAGCCAACACCACCAUCGGAGACGAUGUCAAAUGAACAUGCCAUGCGAUUUCCUCUAGUUGGGAGUGCAAUGCUGUUAUCACUGUUUCUACUUUUCAAGUUCUUCUCCAAAGAUUUGGUUAAUGCUGUACUGACAUGUUACUUCUUUGUUCUUGGGAUUGUGGCUCUCUCGGCAACAUUAUUACCAGCAAUCAAGCGUUUUCUUCCACGACAUUGGAACGAUGAUCUCAUUGUUUGGCGUGCUCCUUAUUUCCAUUCUGCUUCACUGGAAUUUACCAGGUCUCAGGUCGUUGCAUCAGUACCAGGAACCUUUUUCUGUGUUUGGUACGUUCUGAAAAAGCAUUGGUUGGCGAACAAUAUUUUGGGGAUUGCAUUCUGCAUUCAGGGAAUUGAAAUGCUAUCCUUGGGGUCAUUUAAAACCGGUGCCAUUCUCUUGGUUGGACUAUUCUUUUAUGACAUCUUUUGGGUAUUCUUCACUCCGGUAAUGGUUAGUGUUGCUAAAUCUUUUGAUGCUCCAAUAAAGCUUCUAUUCCCAACAUCUGAUGCUGCACGACCAUUUUCCAUGCUUGGCCUUGGUGAUAUUGUUAUUCCUGGGAUUUUUGUUGCAUUAGCAUUGCGCUUUGAUGUGUCAAGAGGAAAACAACUACGCUACUUCAGUAGUUCCUUUUUGGGAUACACUGUUGGGUUGGUCCUCACAAUUAUUGUCAUGAAUUGGUUUCAAGCUGCACAGCCCGCUCUGCUUUAUAUAGUUCCUGGUGUUAUUGGAUUUGUAGCUGCUCAUUGCCUUUGGAAUGGGGAAGUAAAACCGCUAUUGGAGUAUGAUGAAUCAAAAUUGUCGGCCGAACCCAGCAGCAGUUCCACACAAGAUGGAGAAACCAAAGCCGACAAGAAAGUGGAUUAGUUGUUCAUUUUGGUUGUCAAAACAAUUAUGAUAUUUUGUCACAGGUGCUGUUCAACUAAUAUCAGAGCGUUGCUCUAAAUAGGCUUUGAAACGUUAAAAAAGAGUUUUACAAGUACAAUUAAAUAUUAGUAUCA